AUCACAGAGAAAACUCAUCAAAAAAAUAAAAAAAAAGAAAUAUCAUAGAGAUCGAGAUAUCGAGAAUGGCAGCAGCUUUGCUACUGUUUCUGCUAUCAUAUAUUUUGCAUCCUCAAUUGGAGGUUCUUGCAUUGGCUACUUCAUCUGAUCUUGAUUUUAGUUACAUGAAAUCUGUACACAAUGCAACUGAUCUACCGUUAGAAGACGUAUAUGACUACAUAAUAGUGGGAGGAGGCACAGCGGGGUGUCCGUUGGCUGCAACUUUAUCAGAAAAAUAUUCUGUUCUUGUCCUUGAAAGGGGCAGUACCCCUGCUGCAUAUCCACAGGUGUUGGCCUCGAACAGCAUGUUAAAUAAUCUCUUACAGGAAGACAACGGAAAGACACCUGCUCAGAGGUUCGUUUCCGAAGAGGGAGUUAAAGUUGUAAGAGGCAGAAUCCUGGGUGGUACCAGCAUGAUCAACGGGGGAUUCUUCUCCAGAGCCGAUGACCAAUUCUAUAAUGAAGCAGGGGUUGACUGGGACAAGGAUAUGGUCGAGAAGGCAUAUCAGUGGGUGGAAGACACUAUUGUGUUCAGCUACAAUUUGUCUACUUUUCAAUCUAUUCUAAGAAAAGGUUUGCUUCAAGCAGGUGUUGGUCCUGACAAUGGAUUCACUCUGCAACAUUUGGCUGGAACCAAAACUUCCGGUUCAACCUUCGAUGAUCAGGGAAGGAGACAUGGAGCUGUGCAGCUUCUCAACAAAGGAGUCUUGCACAAUCUGCGAGUUGCAGUUGAGGCAUAUGUGGAAAAAAUCACCUUCCGCUCUUCCAAUAAUGCAUCACGUUUGUCGGCAACUGGAGUCAUAUAUAAGGAUUCUGUAACACCCCGUCCCAAAUCGCACCGGAAUCCGUGCACGUUGGGUAGGGUUUCCCUGGGAUCAGGGCUGUCUAGGGUUCCGGGGAAGGAAUUCUGGACGGGUCCUGACAAUUCGAAAGGGAGGACUCAUCGGGCAUUUGUAAAAGAUAGGGGAGAGGUGAUAUUGAGUGCAGGGGCAAUUGGGAGCCCUCAACUUCUUCUUCUUAGUGGAGUUGGUCCAGUUCCUCAUCUUUCUUCUCUGCAUAUUCCUGUUGUUUACUCAAAUCCUGAUGUGGGAAAUUUUAUCGCCGACAAUCCUCGUAAUGGCAUCAACAUUGUAGCCCCAUAUGCAUUGGACGGGUCAAAUCCACAAGUUGUAGGAGUUGUAGGAGGUGCAGGUGACUUCAAUGUUAUAGAGGGAUUUUCCUACAUUUCGCCAUUUUCAUUUCCUCAACCUUUCAGCCUGUUUCCAAACUCCACUUCUCCUUUACAAUUGAGCGUGGCAGCCAUUGUUCAUAAGAUCUCGGGACCUCAAUUGACGGGUUCCCUCCGGUUGUUGUCAUCAGCAGAAGUGAAAGUUAGUCCGGCUGUCCGGUUCAACUACUUUUCUGAACCGGUGGACCUUGCUCGUUGUGUUAGAGGAAUGAGGAAGAUUGGUGAUAUGCUGAAGACAGACUCCUUUGAAGAACUCAAGUUUGAAAAACUGGAGGGUGCAGAAGGUUUCACGUUUUUAGCACCAUCUUUGCCGAAGAACCAGUCAGAUGAUGCAUCGAUAGAGACGUUUUGUCGAAGCACGGUGACAACCUAUUGGCAUUACCAUGGUGGUUGCUUGCUGGGAAAGGUGUUGGAUGGUGAUUACAGGGUGAAGGGGACAAAUUCACUUCGUGUGGUUGAUGGAUCCACAUUCAAAGCCUCACCAGGGACCAAUCCUCAGGCCACUCUUAUGAUGAUAGGCCGGUAUAUUGGGCUUAAGAUUCUGCAGGAAAGAAGAGCAGCAAAGUAGAUAUAUAAAUUAUCGUGGUCAGCAAUAACAAAUUUGUACAACCACCAUUUCCAUGUGUGAUUAGUAUGUUCAAUAAGUCAUGGUGGUAGUUAAGCUUAUGUGUUAUAAUACUUUCUUGUAUCUACAUCUAAUAUAUAUAUAUAUAUAAGGCUAGGGUGUGCUUUGUUUCACUUGCUUCAA